AUGGAUGCCCUGUCCAACGUCCCUCAACCCGUCAUUCUCGGCCUUGCCGGCAUCGGCGCUGCCUGGGCUGCCGUCAAGGUUGGCAGUUUCGUGCGCGUGCUUCUGAGCCUAUUCGUCCUGCCGGGUAUCUCGCUCUCCAAGUUCGGCCCCAAGGGUUCCUGGGCUAUCGUCACUGGCGCUAGCGACGGCAUCGGCAAAGAAUAUGCGCUCGCGCUUGCGAAGCGGGGUUUCAACGUGGUGCUGGUGUCGCGCACGCUGAGCAAGCUCGAAGCGCUUGCCUCGGACAUCAGCAGCAAGAACCCGGGCGUGCAGACACGCGUUCUGGCAAUGGACUUCGCGGCAAACAAGGACUCGGACUACGCUGCGCUGGCCUCGCUGAUCGCGGACCUGGACGUCUCGAUCCUGAUCAACAACGUCGGCCUCUCGCACAACAUCCCAGUGCCCUUCGUCCUGACCCCUGCGGAGGAGAUGCGCGAUAUCAUCACCAUCAACUGCACCGGCACGCUGCGCGUCACUCAGCUCGUCGCACCCAAGCUGGUCGCACGCAAGAAGGGUCUCAUCCUGACGAUGGCUUCGUUCGGCGGUGUUAUGCCGACUCCCCUCCUGGCGACCUACAGCGGUAGCAAGGCCUUCCUUCAGCACUGGAGCGCGGCUCUCGCCGGUGAGCUGGCUCCUUCGGGUGUCCACGUCCAGCUGGUCCAGAGCUACCUGGUUACGUCGGCUAUGAGCAAGAUCAGACGCGCCUCGGCCAUGAUUCCUACGCCCAAGGCUUUCGUCGCCGCCGCGCUUGGCAAGAUCGGCAGGUCUGGUGGCGCGCAGGGUGUUGCGUACACGUCCACGCCCUACUGGAGCCACGGUCUGAUGCACUGGGCCAUCGCGACGUUUGCGGGAACCACGAGCACGACGGUGCUGAAGAUCAACAAGGAUAUGCACGAGAGCAUUAGGAAGAGGGCCUUGAAGAAGGCUGAGAGGGAGGGCAAGAAGGUUGCGUAA